CGCUAUUAAAUUCAGUACGGGGUCUUUGCCGGUUUGUGCACGGGAGCCGCACCCUGCUCAAAGCGGUCGGGAAAAAAAUUUACGAACACGCUCGAGGGUUCUUGUGCACUCGCCGGGUAUCGAAGUGCGGUGGAUGCUGCAGUGUGGUUUGUGAGGUUUGUUGGACAUACGUAGUGGACAUUCUUCCAUGCUGCUCAACGAACUGCUGUGACGGCACGCUGGGACACCAUUCGCCCCACGGCAAGCCUGGGACACCCGGCGAAUUGUUUCAGCGUUAGGCCUAUUAUUAGAGGGAAGUUGCUCUCGGAAGGUUGAGGAGCCUAAGCUAACAAAAUGAAUGAAGUGGAGAGUCUACGUCAAGAAGCUGAGACAUUAAAGAACACAAUACGAGAUGCACGGAAAGCUGCAUGUGAUACCACCUUGGUGCAAGCGACGGCCAACAUGGAACCAGUGGGCCGCAUCCAGAUGCGGACGCGGCGUACGCUACGGGGACAUUUGGCCAAGAUCUACGCGAUGCAUUGGGGUUCAGACUCCCGCUACCUGGUGUCGGCGUCUCAAGAUGGCAAGCUGAUUGUGUGGGAUGCAUACACAACCAACAAGGUGCAUGCAAUCCCGCUCAGGUCAAGCUGGGUGAUGACGUGCGCGUAUGCUCCCUCCGGGAGCUAUGUGGCUUGCGGGGGUCUGGACAACAUAUGCUCCAUCUACAGUUUAAAGACACGCGAAGGCAAUGUGCGUGUCAGCCGAGAGCUGCCCGGCCACACAGGCUACCUGUCAUGCUGCCGCUUUGUGGACGACUCACAAAUUGUCACCAGCUCUGGGGACAUGACCUGUGCACUUUGGGACAUAGAGACGGGCCAGCAGUGUACAUCAUUCACAGGACACACUGGCGACGUCAUGUCACUCUCCCUGUCACCGGACAUGCGGACAUUUGUCUCCGGGGCCUGUGAUGCCUCCGCCAAGUUAUGGGAUGUCCGUGAUGGCAUGUGCAAGCAGACCUUUCCAGGGCAUGAAUCUGACAUCAAUGCAGUGACGUUCUUCCCGAACGGCUAUGCAUUUGCGACGGGGUCGGACGACGCGACCUGCCGCCUGUUUGAUAUCCGAGCGGACCAGGAGCUGGCCAUGUACUCGCACGACAACAUCAUCUGCGGCAUCACCUCGGUGGCCUUCUCCAAGUCGGGCCGCUUGCUUUUGGCUGGCUAUGACGACUUCAACUGCAACGUUUGGGACUCUAUGAAGGCUGAGCGUGCAGGUGUCUUGGCUGGUCAUGACAACCGUGUGAGUUGCCUGGGCGUCACCGAAGACGGUAUGGCAGUGGCCACUGGCUCCUGGGACAGUUUCCUCAAGAUAUGGAACUAGGGUGAAGACAGCAGCAGCAGCACCAAGGGAUGGGAGACGACGACGAUGAUGAAAGGAAGAGAAAGAAGACUGGAUCACCCCCCCAGCCCCCUGCUUGAUUCUUCCCUGGCUCUGUUUUUACGGAUGCUGCUCUUCCUUCUCCUUCACCCACACACACCUCUCUCGCUCCAGAAGGUGUACUACUCCAGAUUUCGUUCUCUUUCUCUCCCUCUCCGCCCAGCUCUUGCUGCACACUUCCCCCUCAGCCACCCUCUCUUUGGUCGGUGCAGAAACUUCGUCAGCCGGUCGGACUCUCCUCCCGCGGACAUCUGGAAGCUGUUCUGUGGGCAACUUUUGCUGCCUUUGCGCACCUACCCGGCGCGAGAAUUUCCAUACCACCGCUAUUUCCCACCACUUACACACACAGAGAGACUGAGGGAAUGCGGGUGGGCAGUGAGUGGAGAGGGGAGGGAGGUGUAAUGGCUUUCAUUUACCAGCCAGUGUCAUUAUACUUCUUUCACGGUGGGGAGAGGAGGAUGGAGGGAGGGGGGAGUCGUGUGCUGCUUUGUAUUGCACUGGACCAAGAAGCUCUUGUACUUUUUCUUUCUUUCCAUGUACAACUGCACUCCGUGCAUCUUCUUUUUCUCAAAACCAUUUCCUCUCCCCCUCCCUCUCUGCUCUCGUCACCCUUUUUUCCAUCGGAACGCCGGAGUGAUGACUCUUCCAGUUAGGUCUGGCAUUUCGGCGUCAGCAUUGGUGGACAGUUUUCACUUCACCCAUAAGGCUUCCCCCUCCUACCUGGGACUUGUCCUUAAAAAAAAAAAAAAAAAAAAGCCUUCUCUUCCUUCCCUGACUGGUGGGGAGUGGUUGCUUGGAACUCUGGCCAGCUUGGUUUCUCUCUUUCUCGAUCCUUGUGAAGCCAUCCUUCCUGGACUGGUGUCUGGGAGUGGGCCGAGGCCUCCCCCUCCGUUCUUGAAUUGUGCGCAUGCGAAAUGAGUGUGUAUGUGUGUGCGUGCUAUGUAUGAAUGAACAGCGUCAAUGGAACAAAAUAUGCUGCUGCGUGUGAGUAGUGUGAAUGUGUUCUGCGUCGUGGGGUACGAGGCUCUAGACUCCGAGUCGACUAAGCGAAUCGCAAUGUCUGAUCAGCCUCCCAGCACCCCUGCGGUUGUUUUAUUACAGAGUACAGUAGUGCUUGCUGACACGGAGAGAUUGUUCUCUUCCGUAGUUUUUCGAGAAUGUGGAUGGAAGGAGAGAGCGAGUUAGGGAUUAUUUUUCCCCCUUCUUGUUGGGCACGCCAGUUUUCGUCAAUUCUCUAGUCACAGGUGUGUGAGCAUCUGUCUCGUGCGUGCUCAAGCACAGAGAAACGCAGGGUUUCGUGUGGAACCCCUGUCUGCGUACUUUUUUUUUUCUCUCUCCCCCCUCUGCCUUCCACCCCCGACCCUCAACACCUUGACUUUGCUGUGAGUUGCGAUUUUUUACACUAUUCCCUGUUCAGUUUAUCUUAAAUUGUUUUUGUCCACAAUAGAUUACUCAGCUUAAAUUUGUUCUUGUUUGGUGCCUCCGUUUGGAGCCUCUCUGGGGGGGCUGCCAGAAGUUCAAAUGCAGCCAGUUUGCGUUACAAAAGAGCUGCCAGUGUGAAAAGUCUGGUAGGAAGACUGCAAAAAAAAAAUAUAUAUAUAUAUAUAUAUGUGAAGGCAUUGUUGACUUUGCGUUGUCAUUGCUGAGUCUUCCUCAUUUUUUUUUAGCCUCCAAAGCGAUUGUUCUUGAAGGCAUUUGUUUCCUUCCACAUUGUACAUAGCUUUGUAUAAACAUUUGAUUGGGUGCUGAGCCUCCUCUUCUGUUAGGCAUGCCCUGCACCUUGAAAAAAAAAAUGGCUUGGAUCUGUGUUGUUUGUUCUGUUGUGUUUGGUGGUUAGACUGGACAGGUAAAUUGAGGUUGUCAGCCAAACCCUGGCAAGAGACAGUGGUCUUUCCCAGAAAGCGUGUCGGAGUGCGACAGGGAUAGGUUGGGCUGGCAGGUGUUUUCUUUUUCUCUUUGUUCUGUCUACUAAGCAGGCUCUUGCUGCAUCUUAUUAUUGCCUGCUUCAUUUUUUUCUCCUGCCUCCAACAUUUCCAUGCGCUCAUCUGUACAGAGUGUGCUGCGUGACUGGUGUGUGAGGCGAGGCUCACAGACGGCCUACGCUUAGAAGCUGUAACAGCUGUGUGUACUCUCUCUCGAAUCUUUUUCAAGCCUGCGUGCCAGGGUGCUGUCUUCUGCCUUUUUCUAGGUCAUCACUUUUUCGCAGCACCUGGGCAUGUCGCGAUCUGCCUUUUUUCCCUCGGCCACCCGGUUUUUCUCCUUUUUCUCUGGCCCUUUCCACCCGCACCCCUUUCCCUAAUGCACACCACACACACAUACCUUUGCGCCGAGCUUUCAUCAGACCCCCCCAAGCCAAGCUUUCUACCUGCCACACCCCACCUAUACUGCUAUCUCCUGUGGCUCCCUCCUGAGCACCACCACCACCCUUCUCUGAAACUUCAGUUUUUACUUCUCUGCGCCCAUCACGGCGACAAACAACUGGACAAAAAUUGUGUGGUGAUGCCGUGAACGUGCGCGCGUGUGUGUGUGCAGACUUGUGCGAUGACCGCUGCCGUUUGCAUCUGGACUGUCGUGCAGUUUUUACAUUGUGCUUCAAUCUGUUUUCGUCUUCUCUCUCUCUGGCCCUCCCUUUAUUUUUUCAAUUGCUUUCAUUUCGGUUUCUCUUGUGGAGGGGAUGCCAGCGUGUGCGUUUUCCUCUGUGCUUAGGGUAGUAGUCUCGCGCGUCGCCAGCCUGGCACGUGUCAGUCCUUUGGCAACAAGGGUGUGUGUUCUCGCGGCCCAGUACGUUGCCACAGGCACACGCAAGUGUUCUGCUUGUGCCUGCACACAGCCUGAACCAGACCAGCUUUUACUCGGGCAUCCACCGUGCACGGGAUGCACAGAGUGUGCAGCAGGGCGUGCCAAGCCAAGCAAGCAGGCUUUCUAAAUGCACACGCACCUGCUCUGUGCAUACGAAACUGCCUCAUGACUCGUUUCUGUCACUGUCUCUGGCCUGCUUUUCAUUUUACUCCCCCCCCCCCCCCCCCUCAUACCUGUCAGUGAUAGAUUCUUGGUUGUUGCACUGUGAGCUGGACAUUGGAGUUGAAAUGUGUAUGCACUGCCUCUCAAGCUUCUCUUCUCGGGCACCUAGGGCUCGUCUGCACUCUGCCGUGUCGCCAUUGCUGGCGGGCCGGCGUUACCGGGCAAAAGUUGGGGGCAACGGACACGAUUUGGCACAGGCAUUCCCUGCAAGCGGUUGUGGUGGUGGUGGGAGGGACAGUGUUUGGGCACGAGCCCCAGCUCAUUCACUGCACCCGGCUCACCAACCCUUCAUUUAUGGCCAUCAAAAAUCUCGGCACUGCAAAUCACUGUCGGUGUCGUUUAUGCUGUGACGUCUGCCCACCCACUGGCACUGCCUGCCUGCCUCAAGCACGCCACGUCAGAGAGGGGAUGGUGCCGUGUGGCUUCCUGCCUGCCCCGCUGUUUGCCACCGGUGCUCGAGAGGGAGACUGGACUGUGAGACGUGUGUACAGUGCUCAUGCCGCUGGUGUUAAAGCUGCGCCUUAUUUCUUUUGCUCCUCUUCACAUUAACACUAUUUAACAUUCUGUGUCCUGCAUUACAUUUUUUUUUCUUCCCCCCCCCCCCCCCCUGUUGUGUUGUGCUAUCAAAGGAGUAUUAUUAUACAUGCCGUGAGUGGGGGGGACACAAAAGUCAUAGGGAAGAGGGUUUAAUGCCCACCCUCCCCCCAAGGGAGCUACUGUUUCAAACAAAGCGCAGCGGCAGUCUUCUCCGGGCGAGGAUUUUGAGAAAACGAGAACCUAUACAUAUAUUAUAAAUAUGUAUACUUGCAGACACGUCUGCGUCGUCGCUCGUAUAUAUAUAUAAAUACACAUUAUAUAUAUUAUAUAUAUAUACAAAUGCCACACACACACACAAAGACAACUAUAGGACAUUGCUGGGGAGGCGGUCGGGUCCACCCCGUCAUUUCCGCCUCCCGGGUGCCACAACUGCCAUACUUUGAGAGACGACGACAGUGCUGACAUGCCGGUUGAUUUUCUUUCUUUUUUUUUUUUUUUUUUUUCUCUCGUCGCGUGGUUGCGAAAGGAGGAGACCGGCACAUCAUUCUGCAAGAUAGACAUUGGCACUCCUCCCUCACUGCGGUUUGUAGGAGACGUGCGUGCGACGGAGGCUGUAGGGAAGCUGUCAGUUUUUCACGUUGGAUCAGACGAGAUAGUCAAAGUUCUGACCAGGUUAGGGGGUACAACACGGAAAAGACAAAAGUACGGCUAUUGCCGGCCGCAUCAGUUUUCUUUUUAUAGCGCCAGUCGACAACUCGUUCGUCUGUCGUGCCUCAGUGCCGGGCCUUGUGUUAGCGAACGUAUGUGCGCACGGAAAUAGUUUGUACAUGCGAGCGGUGAAUUCAUGAGCGCCGGCUGAUAAAGCGCGGCGCCACGCAUAGGUCGUUCCGCAGCGCUUCACGUUUUUAGUCCAACAGCGCGGUGCCGAUUUCAGUUUUGUAUCCUUUCAUUGCACGUCUUAUCUUUUUUUCUCCCGUAACUUAGCCUUUGCCGCACGCCAGCGCCGGGAAUGUAUAAAGAGCGAACAAAUUGCCCCCCGCCCUCGACUUUGUAUAGAUAUAUGCAUACAAGCGGUUAUGUAUCUUCGUAUGUCUGUGCGCGUACAAUGAAGUGGAUAACUUGGGAGACCAAGCAAGUGAUUAAAAAAAAAAAGACUCCGGUCAGUGCCCAAGUCUCUCGUGCUCGCUCCCCCGCGGAGUCAUUUCAUUGUGUACGGAGCGCGGCGGAGCUGCUCUGCUGCCUUCGUUGGCCUGGUAACGAAGCGCCAGGUUGCUGUGGUAACCGAGCGCUCGUGUAGACUCUGCCAGCAGUGCCACUUGGGGAGCGGUGCUGUCCCUUCUGUAGUGCAGGUGCACUACAGAUUUGUUUUUAAAGUCCGCGUGGGCGUGCUUUUUCUCUCCGAAGGACUUUUUGUCAGAUCUUAUUGUUGCUCGCACGUGCAAGUGCUCCGAACGCGGCCGCCUUUGCAAAGACGCAAGGGUGCCGGUGAGGAAACAGGGCGAGCGCUUGAUGCCCCCAAAGGUAGUCGAGUCUUCUCGACCUUCCCUAUACAGACGAUUUCACCUUCCCGCCGCGCCGUCGCGAUUUUGUGCACACAGCCACACUCGCAGUAGAGGAAUGAGUGACGAAGAUGAAAAGGCCAUGCUCCUAAAACUUCGUUUCCCGGCAGUUACCGAGGUUUCGCUAGGCCCUCGAUAUUCCGUGCGCUGCCGCGUCCGGUUUUCGUAUUCUUGCUUGUUCCGGGUACAGCGGGCAAGCAAGAGAAGCUCCCCCUGCGCCUUUUCUGUUUUCUGUUACUUUUAUUUCUCUCUCCAGGGACUCAAAAGAAUAAAGAGGUUUUUUCACCAGCCACACACAAAUGGGACGAGGGUUUGAAACGGCCCUUAGAAGUCGUCGUUUGACAAACCAUCACAUACACGUGGACGCAAAAAGGGGGGUAUAAAAACGAUGUGGAAAUGGGCUGGAAAGACGUUCCCGGGUGUUUUAUUGGGACACCUGGUCAGCCUGUGUGUCUUAUUUCAGUAUGUAGCUUUCAGUCUUGUUUGUGAAACCAGUUUCCUUGUGUAUGUUAUUUAACUUGUCCAAUAAAGCUGUUUGUCUUUACGUACAAAA